AUGAUAAAGAGAAUUCCCAGAACCAUACAAUUGGCGAGAUUUCAAAGACUACCGAUCUGCCGUUUCAAUUCUACUGUUCCUAUAAAGCUGGAGAACAAGCCUAUCAAUCGAGUCAAAAAUGUCCCUAAAAAGAAGAUAGGUGCCCAGAAGUUACGUCGUACAGAUAAUUCACAAUUCCAACAUGAAUCCACAAAUUAUAUAUUAUCUUUAUUAAAUGAAAAUAGACAAGAAGAAGUAUCACCUAAAGUGUUGGAGAAAUAUUUCAAUAUCGUCACAUCAUUGACCGUGGGUGAUGCAAUUGAUUUUGAUAAAUUGAUUCCAAGCAUUCAAGGUUAUGAAUUUCAGAUUGUUAUUCCAGAGGAAGUCAUCAACAUAAGUACAAGUGAUUCAAAUUUGAUGAUUUUGUCAAAUGGUACUCUUGUAGGGUGGAAUUUAACUGAAGAUGAAAUUGUCAACUACUUGCCAGUGAUAGAAGGCAGUAUUGAAAGUAAAUGUGAAACUUUUGAAAGUGAAGAAAUUGAUUGGAUAGAAUUGAAAGAAUUACCGGAGACACCACUAAAUAAAGGGUAUUCCUAUCUUCAUGGAGAAAUUAUGAUUGUCCAGGGUCCAGAUAAAGAAAAACGAUUAUUAGAUAUGGCUGCAUUUGCUAUUGGAUUAUCUAGAUCAACAAGAUUAUCCAUACUAGAGGCUCAAUUAGAAGAAUAUUUAAACUUGACUAAACAAAAUUCAGAAAUUUUGGCUAAUGGGAAACAAAUAACUACGUCAGAACAUGAAUUUUUAAAAAUAACUGGGAAAUUAUUCUUAUUGAGAGGAAAAUUGAAUCUUUACAGUGAAUUAAUUGAUACCCCUGAUUUAUAUUGGAGUGAACCAAAAUUAGAGAAAAUUUAUAAUAGUAUUUCUAAAAUAUUGGAUAUAAAUUCAAGAAUUUCAAUAUUGAAUAGAAAAUUAGAUUAUGCAACAGAUGAACAACGUGCAUUUUUGAGUGUAUUAAGUGAAAAGAAAGGUACAAGACUAGAAUGGAUAAUUAUUUGGUUAAUUGUAAUAGAAGUUUGUUUUGAGACAUUUCAUUUCUAUGAGAAAUAUGAAGAGAAACAAAACGGCGUUAAACAUGAUUAG